AUGGAUAGCAGAUGCUUGGCGGCUGCCGCAACAGUAGCAGUAGUGCCAUUGAAGGAAGAGGGAGCAGAGGAUCCGGCUCGGGUUAUAGAUCGAAGAUCGCGACUCUGUUGUUCUCAAUGCCGAGGAGGAACAGGAACCUUAGGUAUCUCGUUAUACUUCUCUUCGUUGCUGGCACUUCCCGAUUAUUCCCGUUCUCCCUUCCCAGUUGAAGCUGUUGGUACCAUCUUUGUUGUUAGCUUCUUGAAAGCGAUAGGCUCCGAAUAG